UCACAACGGACUGUAUUUGAACCAACACAACGAUUCAAAGGUCCACCUACUCACAACACAAUAUGGCGAGCGCAAUUUCUAUCGAGGAAACGAAUCGACUUCGUAUAUCAUUGGGGCUGGCGCCUUUGCCGGUACCAGGAGGCGGGCCCGUUUUCAAAGACGCCACCAAAUCCUCUCCGGACGACGAAGAGGUGGCGAGCACUCUUGAGUCGCGACAAGCAGAAAGCUACGCGAAUUACAAGAAGCUUCAAGAUGCCGAAGAAGCCAAGCGCAAGCGCGAGGCGAAAGCAGAGGCCAUUAAAAAGGCACGCGAUGUGUCGAGACGAUUCACCAAACUCGAAGGCAAGGGCCUAGGAGAAGCCGACGAGGACGAUCAAGAUGCUAAGAGCUGGCUCAUCAAACAAAAGAAACGCCAACGCGAGAUCGAAAAGGCACGAAAGCUCGAAAAGGAACGAGUAGAGGCUGAGAAGGAAGCGGAAUAUACGGAGAAAGAUCUCGCAGGAGUCAAGGUUGGCCAUGAGCUGGGCACAUUCCAGGAAGGGGAAGAUCACGUCCUUACCCUGAAGGACACAACUAUCGACGAGAAUGAAGAGGAAGGGGAUGAGCUGGAGAAUACAGAUCUGAGAGAGCGAGAAAAGCUCAAGGAUCUGUUGGAGUUGAAGAAGAAGAAGCCGGUUUACAACCCCAACGAUAUAGAUAACUCGGAGGAUAGGACCAUUUUAUCGCAUUACGAUGUUGAGAUUGACGGCAAGAAAUCGAGCAGAUUCACUCUGGAUGGCCAAGGAAGCACAAAAGAGCAACUGGAAGCGAUUAAAAGUGGCGCAACACUGGGAAUGAAACCAAAGGCUAUUAGCCUUGAUUUUUUGAAGGACGAGCCAUCUUCUGAUUAUAUAGAUGCUGCGGGUAUCAAGAUCCGCAAGCCAAAGAAGAAGAGGGCCAAGUCGACGAGGCAGAGGGCUGUCGAUGAAGACGACAUCGUCCCGCCAAUGGAUGAAGCACCAACGGAUAAUAACGAUAUGGAGAUUGACUCGGGAGCCCCAAUCAUAAAGAAGCGGACAUACGAAGACGUCUCGUUCGUUGACGACGACGACCUACAAGCGUCACUUGCGGCACAACGGCGGAAUGCACUCAAGAAAAGGAAGCGAGUCAGGCCCGAGGAUAUCGCAAAGCAACUUCGUGCAGAAGCUGCUACCUCGGACGCUACUGAAGAAGAAGGGGCAACGGGACUUUUGAUAGAUGAGACCUCGGAAUUUGUAGCCAAUCUUCAGAAACCAGAGGCGCCGGAAGUGAAGAGGCCGCGUGCUGCACCACAGCACACAGAAAUCGCCACAACGAUGGGCGCAGAGUCAGACGAAGAUGGAGAUGUCAAUAUGGAGCAGCAAUCAUAUGCUAAUGUUGAAGAUCACGAGGACCUGCAGGAGCGCCUCCAGCGCGAGGAGGGGAAUAUUUCCAGUAUGGGAAUGGACGACGAGGCUACCCUUGAUAAGGGCCUAGGUUCGACGUUGAAGCUCCUCAAGGAUAGAGGUAUUCUCAAGACGUCGGAAUCUGGUGAUCGCAAUGCCAUCUUCAGAGAGAAGCAACUUUUCCUCGCCGAGAAACAGCGGAGGGAAGCUGCCGCCGAGCUCAAGGCACGCCAGCAACGUGAGAGAGAUCGUGCCACUGGGCGCCUCGACCGAAUGUCAGCACGGGAGAAGGAGGACUACGCACGCCAGCAGAACACCUACCGUGACCAGCAGGAGUCUAGGCAACUUGCGGAACAUUUCAAUAAGGAAUAUAGGCCGAAUGUGGAGCUCAAAUAUACUGAUGAGUUCGGGCGGAACAUGAACCAGAAAGAAGCCUUCAAGCACCUUAGCCACCAGUUCCAUGGCAAGGGAAGCGGCAAACAGAAAACGGAGAAGUUGUUGAAGAAGAUUGAGGACGAGAAGAGGAGAGAGGCACAGAGUUUACUGGACUCCAGCCAGCUGACAGGCAUGAGCGGUGCCGUUGGCCAACAGUUGAAGAAGCAGAGACAGGCCGGUGUCAGACUUGCUUGAGCCUUGUACGAUGGAUGAUGAAUCUAUAUAAAGGUGCAAGCCCCAAAUAAUAUCAUGGAAUUCAUUGCUGACAAAAAUCAUCAUCGAAUUUAUGAUAUAUACCCAUUUUCGAUAUGGGUGAAGGUAAUAUGUUGUUUUACAUUGAUCGUACAAAGCCAAACCGGCUCAUGAUUCUAAUAUCCCUCUAUACCGUAACCUUUCCCGGCUUUCCUUCCUCGGCCAUAAACUGUACAUCCUUAACUUCAGGCUCGUCCUCGCCAAUAUCAAUCUCCACAUCCUUAGCUAGCGCAUCAUCGUACUUCUGUAUCUCUUCUGCAACCUGUUCUUGUGUGACUGGCAGCCCAUCCUCUCCAAUAAGCACCUCCUCCUUCGGCGGCAGGCCCAGCGCCUCGCGCUCGGCUCUAAACCUCUCCUUAACAGACUCGGACUGCAUAACUCUCCACCUCAAUUUCCAUCCUCCCAUUCCGAGCUCCUUAAUCCUGCCCGCCUUGUCGCCCAACAGGUAUUCAUCGAGUCCACCGCACUUAUCGACCGUCCUCAGCACCCUCGCUGUGACUCUCAACCUCAAGAACUUGCGAAGUGCCACACUCCACAGGCGCUUCUGGUGCACAUUCGGUCGCCAGUAGCGGCGUGUCUUAAUCUCGUUCCGCUCAGACACCAUGUUUCCGAAGCGGAUCUUCUGCAUGCCGUACAGGCCGAAGUUGGACUGCUUGUACCAUCUCGAGGCUCCGUAGGGGUAUGGCGGGAUGGCGCUGUGUUCGAAUGCCAGGCGCUUCGCUGUCGACUUGGCGAGGGUUUGGGGGGUGGUGGAGAAGCAGCGCGUGAAGGAGAGAGUCGGUUGGGAGGGGGGCCUGGGCGGCAUUGCUGUAGUGGCUCUGCGGCGCUCUGUCUGCGAAGAGGUUGGCGGUCGAAUUGGGAGUUGUUUGGAGGUCACCCCGUUGAUGGACUCGCGAAACAUUUCUCUGGGAUACGGAAUUAUGAUGAGCCGAGCUCCAAGGAAAUGUGUA